AUGUCCGGGAUUCACGAUCGUACUCCUGCUUCUCACCGUCCCUCCCGAGGGUCUCGUACCGACGACGAUCGCCAGCAGCGUCCUGUUCCCAACCGCCUGCAGAAUCUACAGAAUUUGCUCAAUUCUGAGCGUCACAUCGGCAACUCGGUUGGUGCGCUGGACACUUUGAGACGGGAGUUAGAGGAAUAUCGUGGCAGAUCUUCAAUUCUCUCCGAAGAAGUUAGGGCAGAUCUGGACCGAGAGUCCCAACAAAUCCAAGUUGAACGACAGAACUGGAACCAGUACCAAGACAACGGGAGCACUGCGGGCACUGUGCGCCCGGGAGAUCAGAGACCACAGGCGCUGAGCGUGACAGUUGGGGAUUCGGAAGGAGGUGCUUCUUAUCCCACAUGGUCUGACAGGACGAGAUCUCUUGCUGAGCUCUAUCUCCGCGCAGCAAGGACCAGAAACGCAAAUCUAAGGUCUCUCCUCAAUCUGCUUGGUGCUCGCAUAGAGUCGGUCACGCCUCAGCAAUCGGAGGGCGAAUCUUCAAUGGACCACUGGCGAGCAAAGCGUCGCAAGCUGGAGUCGGAUGACCAUAGAGAAGGGUUGCAGAAUUUCCGUUAUGGUCAGUAUGGUCAGGUGGUACCUGGAGCACUCAAGAUGGAGUUAGCUAGCUGUGACGGAGGCACAUACGAACCUGACGGAGAAAGUUCGUGGCCCGAGAAUAUCCUGCGCAAUGACGCCACCGUUUACUGUACGAAAUCUAACCGAUGCAAUUUGAUUCUGAAACACCACGCUGGAAUCCCUUUUUGCUUGAACAAGAUUGUCAUCAAGGCGCCGAGGAUUGGAUACGAUGCUCCGAUACAGGAAGGGAUGGUCUUCGUAUCGAUGACUUCAGAUGAUCUUUUGGCUCGUACAGCUGCAUCUCAUAUUCAAUGUGAAGCCACGAGACGACCUCAGCGGAACCGGCAUAGCGGCAUGCAGCCAUCUCAGGAAUAUCUGAACGCGCACCGGCCUCGCUUGCCGAGUCUUCGAGACGCUACACUCGAUGCCGGUCUUCGCUCCGAAGGGUCCGAGACCGACGGCGGAAACCUUCCGAGGCCCAUUUUGCGGGGCGAGCCUGACCCAGUCCCUGAAUUUCGCACCAUAACCAAUUAUGAUGAGCAGUCCGACGAACGUUCGGAGGCCAACGAGCGAGAUUACGAUAACGAUGAGACUCCUUAUCUCACGGUGAGCGAGCGACUAGGGACUAACCGAUUCGAUGACGAUGAUGACGACGACGCCGUCAUUUGCUCAGACAGCAGUGAGAGUUCGAGCGAAGGCGACACAUCGGAAAUGGGUACAUUUCCCCAGCGCCGCCGGGCUCUAUCAAGACAGAUUCGAGCCAUGCGACGCCGCUGGAAUGCAACACAUCCAAGACACCGUCCAAUUUCGCCGGAUCCACCUUCCGGCCCGCACCAUGAAGUCUCAGAACCUCUUGAUCCUACGCUUAUGAAGCCGCAUGCACGGUUCCACAUCAAAAGACACAAGAGCAUGGUCAGCAUCAAGUUUGACCCUCCACCCUCAGGAAGAUACAUCCUUAUCAAGCUGUGGAACCCUCAUAGCGGAAAGAACAUAGAUAUUCAGAGUAUUGUUGCAUAUGGCUACGGUGGACCGAGAUUCUUCCCUGCCGGAGGCUUCAGAUGA